AUCGCUUCCUUCUUUUAGCCCUCGCUUCGGUUCGGAGAAGGAGCACGUUUCUAGAACUUCAGAAUAUUCUGCCCCAUCUCAUCAUUUAUGGUUUUUUAGAGCCAAAAACAUUCAUUUUCUAUUAGAAAAUAACAUGUGUUGCCUGUUGUCGUUAGGUGAAGUUAUACUUUAGGUUUAGAGAAGUCAACCGUGCAAACAGUUUAGUAUGCCAGUCGUCAACGGGGAAACCAUGCAGAGGAUCAUGAAUGAAUCGGAUGACCAUGCUUGUCGGUGACCCGGAGUGAAAUGCCCGCAACACGUGGGUCUACAGGUCUACAUGGCCAAAUAUGAAACUAAGUGGACAACAAGUAACUCCUGAGACGAGCAUGGAUGACUCUGCUGACCGUUCUGUCGGUGACCUGGACUGAACAGGCUGAACAUGUGGAACCGGUCGACCUCGCCAAAUAUGAAGCGUAUUGGACGUUAUCAUGCAACUCUUGAGACGCGAGUCAUUGAACGCGAUUAGUUUCAGCUGUUGCUGCUGACCACCCGCCGUUGGGUCAGACCGUAGAGGAGCAGACGAAGACCACGGUAUAGUCCUAUGAGACGCCAUCGAAGACGGAUGUUUUCGCCUUGUGAACGAGGAGCUUGGAUGACUCUGCUGACCGUUCUGUCGGUGACCUGGACUGAACAGGCUGAACAUGUGGAACCGGUCGACCUCGCCAAAUAUGAAGCGUUUUGGACGUUAUCAUGCAAAUCCUGAGAUGUGAGUCAUUGAACGAGAUUAGUUUCAGCUGUUGCUGCUGACCACCCGCCGUUGGGUCAGACCGUAGAGGAGCAGACGAAGACCACGGUAUAGUCCUAUGAGACGCCAUCGAAGACGGAUGUUUUCGCCUUGUGAACGAGGAGCGGUUGCAGUACGGGUUGAGGAGACGGUGCGUCCCCCGGCCUGGGGUGUUGGCUGAGCUUGAGUCGGUGGUGAACAACCUCUGACGCAGAGUUUGAAAUGUAGUGUAAAGGGCCCUGGCUUGAGACCCAUCUGGGACCUUGCUCUCGCAUGGGAGGUCAGGGGGGGGGAGUUUGUAUGAUUCCCUCGUUGAUGUGGUUUCCCCUAGGGGCUCAUUGUUCCUUCACACCAAAGAAACGACAUGCUGCCUUGGUUAAUGGUCCUGCCACCACAUGAACAAGGCCUCAGCUAGGGCUCCAGACUAACUAUUUCACAGGUAACACUGGUGCCACCUAGCUCUUCAUUUGGUAGCACCAAAACAAAUUAGGUAGCACCAUAUAUUUUUUUGGUGAACAGGAGUUCCUCUUUAGUGAUGUUGUAGGCGGUGUUAAAAUUGAUGAUGAUUUCUUCAUUCUCCGCCGUGCGAUUGCUCUCAUCCAUCCUAUUAAAUGAGCUUGUGCUUUUGGCUUUCGUAGUGUAAUUUAAUGAAUGAACUUUGAAUUGUGUAGAUCCUUUUUCGCCAACCUGUAACUGUCGUCUUCAGAAGAAGAACCUGAGAUUCUUGUCGCUUCCUCUGCUAACCCUUCUCCACCACCAACGGCCUCAUUUGUUUCCUCUGGCACAUUUUUUUUCUUAAAAUAAUCGGCUAUCGACCGCUUCAUAUUGUAUCUGCUUUGUUUACUUUUUGGUGCGUGCUGCGUGCGCAGCAAGACUGUGGACGUGUAUUGUGCAGACCAUAGACUAAAAGGUGCAGGCAGAGACAGGGAGCGAGAGAGUAGUGGACUCGUAGGAAUGAGCCAGAAAGUAAGAUUUUAUUAUCAACCACAACCGCGGGAGUGGGUUGUGGUUGAUAAUACUACUUGUCCUCCUGCAAGUAGCACCGGAGCGACCUCAUUCAGUUUUAACUCGCACGUUAAGAAAUGCGACCUAAUAGGUUGCACUCUGGAUCCCUGGCCUCAGCAUUACAGCUGGAUUAGCUGCUCCCAACAGACGAGUUAAAGGCAGACGACAUGUAAUCAUACAAUGUGUUUUCUAUUGAAAUAAAGAUUUAACACAAAUACUUAUGUUCGUUUUUAUUUGUUACAUAAACAACUAAUGCACUGCACCCAUAUAAUAUUCUGGUUACAUUUUUUAUGAAUCUGAUUGAUGGCUUUCUUUUUGGUUCUUUCACAUUUAUUGGGGUAUUUUCUAUCAAAAUCGAUUUACCAGUGCAUCACAUGUGAACGUCCAGGGACUAGACAUCCCAUUUCCUUCCGGGUGUGUCUGCACGACCCAGAUUGCCAUGGUUUCGACGAUAGGACGUUGAAAAGGCGUCGAUAUUAUAACACUCGCCAUAAAUUAUACUUCCGUUUUCGAUGGCGCGUCUAAUCAAAGUGGUGAAGGCGCCUACCAUGUCAAAGACUAGUGCGACGGUGACUUAAUGCAUUACGAAGAUUACAUACGAUUGUUUGAACCAGUUUUGUCCACAAAGCAGUCGAAACUCGUUCGAAAUUUGUUUGCCUGUGGUCUGAAACUUCUCCUUGUAGUACACCAAAAAGCGGCAUGCUAACAUUUGUGAUGUAACUUUUUUUGGAGGUAAGCGAUCGUUUAAACAAAGCUUAUACCAUGCACUGAGUUUACUUUCACUUUCGACUGGUGAAGUUCGGCUGGUGUCAACAUGGCGGUGGAGAAGAGGGGGGUCGGGGUGGAGGUGCUGGGGGUUCCGAACUUGUUGUCUAAUGAUCGGACGAUUGAUAAACUCCUGAUCCACUUUCUGAGACCACGGAACGGAGGUGGGGAGGUGCGGCGGGUCAUCUACCCGACGAGUGUACCCGGGCAAGCCCUGGUCAUAUACGACGAACCAGACGACGCUUCACGCGUCCUACAAAAGAGCCACCACGAACUGGAAUUUGGGGACCGAAAAUUUCCCGUGGAGGUGAAACCUGUCGACAGACCCGAGCUUGACCUGCCAAUGGAGGCCACCCUGAACAUAGGCAUGAUCGAUGAUAAGAAGGAUCUGAGUCGACUUAUGAAGAUGCAUGGCCUUAAGAUCAUCAGCAGUCGAGGCAGCCUGGUACGAGUUGAGGGCUCCAUGAUGAUGCUGAGGUCGUUCAAGGCCGAAACCCAGAAGAUGCUGGAAGCACAGACCUACAGCCUGACCCGACCCUCCUCAUCCUCAUCGGGACAAAGUAUGUCGCCCCCUGGUGCCGAUUCCAGAAACUCCACCAAUGGCAGCUCAGCGCAAGCUCUACAAAACCACUGGAGAUCCACAGAACCACGUUCCCUUGAUAGCCCUUCCCCUACCCCCUCCCCUACCCCUUCUUCCUCCAGAUCCUCCUCCUUAUCAGCGAUUGGUCCAGGAGACAGUAGGCAACAAAACCACCGGAGAUCCACAGACCCACGUUCCCUUGAUAGCCCUUCCCCUACCCCCUCUUCCUCCAGAUCCCCCUCCUCCUUACCAGUGAUUGGUCCAGGAGACAGUAGGCACACGCCUCCCAAGAAACCGCCCACUGAGACCUUCGUCUUGUCCUCAGUCGUGUUGGACUACGCCCAGCGCCUCAAGAAGCUCGGCAUGGACGACAUCCUGAAGGGCUAUGGCGUCGAGAUGGAGGCGGUUGCCAUUGAUACCGACGUGAGCGGGGUCUCUGUAACGGGGUGGCUUGCACAAGACGCUGCGGCCGAUCUCCGACGAUUUUUGUCCAAGCUCGAAAGCGAGCUACACGUCCGCCAGAUUCACCUGAGCGACCUCAGCCACGAAGUCCAAGUGCGCAUCGGCAAGCGCAUCCAGGAGCUGCAACACAACUACCCGUCGGUGCUCAUCAGACAGAUGGGCGGAGCCGUCCACCUGAUUGGACCGCGGUCGUCAUGUGACGAGCUGAAGGAGAGGGUCAUGCAGCCGAGGCCGACCGAGUGGCAGCCGCUGGAGUACGGGAGGAGAACGGGGAGGAGUCAGGAGGAGGGGAGGAGUCAGGAGGAGGGGAGGAGUCAGGAGGAGGAAAGGAGUCGGGAGAAGGAAAGGAGUCGGGAGAAGGAAAGGAGUCAGGAAAGAUCGACCACGCCAAAGAGGCGGAGCCAAUCCGUGCCGAGAAAUAGGACGGGGAGAAGAGAUGAGCUAGAGGGCGAGGCUACGGCUCAGCCAGCUCCGCUGCCUUCCCUCGAUAGCGGCCGAGAGCAGAGAGCCAGGGACCAAGGAGACCAAGUAGACCAAGGCGCCGCUCGGACACCAGAGGUCAGAGGUCUAAGGGGAAGGAGCAACUCCCUGACUAGGACCAGCGCUAAGCCAGAAAAGACCACCAACCACGUGAACCCGGAGAGAACGACCUCAAAACCCUCAAGGGGUCCAGUUAUAAAGGCCUGCUUAUUAUCUCACUCAGCAAUGGUUAAAAAACAAUUUCAUUUUUAGAGGUAAAAUCUUGUCAACUUGUUCUUAGGCAUGAUUGUAUCAUAAUGGUUCAUGUUCCAGUGAUUAAGUAUGUCUUGGUUCUGUAUCCUUCCAUCGGCGGUUUGGUUGUGUUAUUGAUAUUGAAGUAACCUAGCAUGAAUGUGAAGAUAAUCAGUUUGUAAAUUGUACCUAGCUUAAUGUAACUUCAUUUUUGUAAAAUCUACACUUUUCAUUCUACAUUCAGACAUUGUAAGGGUAUGGAUCAAUGCACUGAAUCACCAUAUACUCAUUUAUUCCACACCACCAGAUACAAAUAAUCACUUUUCAUUAAGAGAGGGUCCAAUUAAAAUGCUUUAAAAUUCAGCAAAUAACAUAAUUUGCCAUUAAACCUUUAAAAUUACCUAAUCAA